UUUGCACGUGAGCCGCGAGUGAUUUCCGAGAAGAUGCCUUUACGCGUCAGCAUCGCCAAUGUAUCGAUCCCACGGUGAAUUUUCAUGUUAGUGGCAGCCCUCCACCAGGCUGCGUGCGCACUCUAUUCAUGCUCCGAGUCCCAGUCUGACAAAAUCGAAAGAAGUGUUCUGAUAUCACAUGAGAAGACGCUUCUCGUCAAUUUUUGACAUUUCCGCUUCUCAAAUUUAUUCAAGUUCGGUCUUCGAAAGCCAAAUCGAGAAAGCGUGAAAGCCCUUCACAUUGAGGGGCUUAGGGUACAAUCAGAGGCAAGGAGACACGAUUGCAUGGUUGCAAGAGCGUCACUACGACAGAUACACCAGGUGUCCAGGUAGAGACAAAUUUGUUCUCUAGCUGGUGGAGAAGACGAAGGUGAAGGCAAAGCGAGAUAAAGGGAAGGACUCGAGGAGCCGUCAAGCGACCAGAGAAACUAAGCAAGUAAACCUCGCGUGACAAACCAAGUAACACAAAUCCAAUGUAUUACGGUCCCCCCGGUUCCGCUAAGGAAGCUACCGAGGAAACAUGUCGCUACCACGGGAAUGGAGUUUCCAGGACGCAUGUCGGGCGUCGGCGGGCAUGCUGGCCGGCGCCGAUAUCGCGACGGCAACGUCCCAGGAGAUGGUCGUCGCCGGCAGCGCGAUCAUCGACGAGAACAUGAAUAAUCAACCGGCGACGCAACUGGGCUCGCUAUUCUCUAUCCACUCGGCGCCUGUGUUCGACCUGAGCGGCAGUGUCGCCGUCGGGGCGCCGUCACCGAAGCGGCCGGCCUCCCUGGCCGUGCAGACAACGGCGACGUCGACGCCGAUCGUACCACCGCAUUUGCAGAGUCCUGAGGGCACCGUCGAAGACGAGGACAACGACAAUCUGCUGACUAUAUCCAGUCUCACCGCCCGGCCGCUCAUCGCCAAGUCGCGGGAGCUCAGCCGAUUCAGGUCUACCAGAUGUACGGUGCCGAAAAGAAGAAAAUUACGACAGAAAAACGAAAGUAGGAAAUCCCGGAACACCACCUAUGUCGCUCUAGACGGCGGUUACGGAUGGGUGGUGGUGUUCGGCGCCUUUUUUGUGCAGUUCUGGGUAGCCGGGUUGGUCAAAUCCUACGGCGUGCUCUACGUUGAGGUCAUGGAGACCUUCAAGGACUCAUCCGCUGCGGUCGCGUCAUGGAUACCGGCGAUUCUAACGUGCCUAUGUCUAGCACUCGCUCCGGUGACGAGUAUGCUUUGCCAGAAGUAUAGUUGUCGAACGGUGGUUUUUGUGGGAGGACUUUUCUGCGCUCUAGGACUUACAACUAGUUACUUUGCCACGCGAUUGAUACACCUCUUUUUUACAUUUGGAGUGCUGACAGGUAUUGGCGGUGGCUUGUCCACAACACCGGGUAUAAUUUUAGUAUCGCAGUACUUCGAUAAACAUCGUGCUUUAGCGAACGGGAUCUGCGUAUCCGGUACUGCCGCGGGUAGCUUCGUGUUCCCGCUUCUUAUUGAAUUCCUAGUCAAGGAUUUCGGUUUCCACGGCACGAUAUUGCUACUAGGUGGUUGUAUGCUGCACGUGUGUGUUAGUGCGACUUUGUAUCGACCACUGGACGAAAAUUAUGCACCUGAAGAAAAUAUCUUGGAAAAGAUUGAGCCGAGGGAAGAAAAGGAACAGGAUCAAGAUAAAAAGCAGCAAAAAUUGGAUCUUCUGUUCGCUAACGACCCGACCGCCCGGCACAAUAUGUUGAACGAACUGUUCCAUCAAAACAGCGGCGUGGUAGCGGUCGAGCUGACGGACAGCGACGAAGAAAAGGACGUGAUGGGCGAGGGCCUCCGUAUGAAGCCUAUUUCGAAAAUUCGCAGCUCCAGCAUUCUGCACAGCGUGGAGGAUCUGUCGACGGACUCGACGUGCGUUUACAAGGCCGCUAGAUCGUCGCUGAGGUCAUUGAAAUCGUCUGCGACGACGACGGGUCCGCCGGAACAGCAACAGCAACCGCAGCCACCGUCGCCGCCGAGCAGAAUGCCGUCCUUGACACUGACAGCAUCGACGGAAUCUAAAAUUACGUUUAUGCAGAGGUUGACGUGCUACCUCGACUUGUCGCUGCUGAAGAAUCCACAGUUCAUCAUGAUGUGCUUUUCCGUCAGCCUGAUGUCCACCGGCAGCCCGUAUAUGCUGUACUAUUUGCCAGCGUACGUGCACGCCGCCGGUUACACCAAAUCGGAAGCCGGUUAUCUAGUGGCCAUCUCCGCCGCCCUUGAUCUGUGCGGCAGACUCGGCCUUGGCUGGCUGUCGGAUCUCAAGCUGUUUGACCGACGGAAAGGGUAUAUCGGAAGCGUGGUGGGUGCUGGUGUGGCGGUUCUGGCGAUCCCGAUGGCUCAUUCUUUUUACGUAUUGGCGUGUUCCGUUGGCAUGUACGGACUAUGUCUGGGCUGUUGGUUUCUCCUAGUUCCCGUCCUGCUCGCCGAUCAAUACGGCACUGAUAAAAUAUCGUCCAGCUAUGGUCUCGUUAGGAUGUUCCAGAGCAUCGGGGCGAUUUCCAUUCCACCUCUUGCAGGUUAUCUGCGCGAUGUAACCGGAAGUUACACCGUGUGUUUCUUGUGCAUGGGCACGUGCAUGGUCAUAGGAGGUUUACCUCUGCUUUUGGUUAUCAAUGAGAACCAAACAAACCCAACAGCAACAAAGCUGCCCGUAAACGCCGAGAAUAACAAUCAUCAAGGGGAUACUACUAUGAAAGAAUAAAUUAUUUUGGAAAUGUGAUCGUUGACAAUGAAGUGAUCUAAUAUGUAAUAGGAAAAUAAAUAAAUCAUGGUUGUCACAAAAAAGAAUUUUAUACUUGUCGAGUCACAUUUCCUGUAUUACGAAAGAAUCUCCCUCAUUAGAUAAAAACUUGCAAUUAAAUAAUUUA